CAAAGGUUGCGUAAAGCGGUCACUGACCGAGAUUUUUAAGGAGGGAAUUACAAGUUUACAAGUUCCCGCAAUUUAUUUGGCGUCUAUUGUUUCGUGAUUUUUUUUUAGGAUCAGGCGGUUUAGCGAUGAUGGCUUCCACACCAGCACUUUCAUCUCCUCUUAUCAACAAUACUCGACAGAAUGGACAUAUUCAGGUUAUAUUUGGACCAAUGUUUUCUGGUAAAACAACUGAAUUGAUGAGAAGAAUGAAACGUUACCAGAUUGCCAACUAUAAAUGUCUUGUUAUUAAGUACGCAAAGGACACUAGGUAUGAUGAGGAAGGCAUUGCAACUCAUGACAGACAAAUUUUACCAGCAGUUGCAGCAACUGAACUAAAUCAAAUGGAACAAUUAUCAGACGAAUAUGAGAUUAUUGGAAUAGAUGAAGGCCAAUUUUUUCCAGAUGUAGUUUCAUUCUGUGAUAAAAUGGCAAAUAGAGGUAAAACAGUUAUAGUAGCUGCAUUAGAUGGUACAUUUCAGAGAAAGGGAUUUGGAGAUAUUUUAAAUUUGGUACCAUUAGCUGAGAAUGUUAUAAAAUUGUCAGCUGUUUGUAUGACAUGCAAUGCAGAUGGGCAUUUUACCAAAAGAACAACAAAAGAUCAAUCUGUUGAGGUUAUAGGAGGGGCGGACAUGUACCAGGCUGUAUGCAGGGAAUGCUUCACAUCACCUAUCAAAAAGUCUCCAAGAAAGUCACCUCACAAGAUACAAAAGACCAUUCUAAAGGCUCCGUCAAAUAAAAGUGAAACCCCAACUAUCCUCGCGGAAAGGUCCAUGCAGCAGAUUCAAAAUGCAGCUAACAGACAAUUAUUCAUCAGUUCACCACCAAGAAUAUGAGAUUCAUGACCAAACACAUUUUGUAGAAUUUAUUUUUAUACAUAUGAUUCUGAUCUGUUUAACUAGCAGUCAUAAUUGCAAACAAUCCAUAUAUCUUUUUUUAAGUAAAAAAAUUAUAACAAAACAUCAAAAGAAAAAAAGCAACGAAAUAAUUUCAGAUUGCAUGGUGAAAGAAAUUUGUAAGCCUGUUGUGCCUUUAAAUCCUCCUGUUUUCUCCACAAAAAUAUAUAAUUAUGACUUAAAGAUGAAGAAGACUUAUGAUUAAAAGCUACUGACCCACACAUGGUUUCUUAUUUCAAAAGGGAAUGUCCUUGACUACUAUAUCUGUUUACAAUACACAUGGAAAUAGCUGUUUUCUUUUUUCAAACAAAAAAUGUAUUAGUACACUGAAAUUUAGUUUCAUAAUAAAGGUAUAAACCUUUAGUUCAUUUUUUAUUCCUUUUGAUGCGCUUUUUCUAAAACACUAGUCACUUUGUUUGGGAGAGUAGCUUUAAUUAUUAGAUUUUGAUUUUGCCUUUUCAUUAAAAAAAAUUUCCCAGUGGUCAAAUAUAUAGUUACAUAAGAUAUUAUUAUGCUGUAUAUAACCUAUUAACAUGAUGUUUUUAUUAAGAGACCUGGUCAAAUGAAAUAUUUAGAUACUGAAUUUGAUAGCAACAAAAAUGUCUUGUUUUUCAAUUUAUAAAGACAUAGACGCCAUAGAGUAAUUAAGCGUUUCAUUUGGCCAUUAUUAUUGACAAAAAUACAUGUAGUAAUUAGGUUGCAGUGUAUAUUUUCAGAUAAAAUUCCAAUGUAAGCAUUGACUUAAGCAAUGAUUUUUUGAGCACUGAAUGGAGGUUUAUAAUCGUUGUUACUUGUAGGGGUUAGAGUCGAUGACUUCUAAUCCAGUUACCUCCCUGGUAUGGGUUCGAUCCCCAGGAGAUGCUUUGGUAGUUUAGCACGGAGGAAGGUAGUCUAGUACUGGUGUAACUCUCCAGGAACGAUGGUCAGGAAAUUACCCGCCUAUAUGACUGAAAUACUGUUUGGAAAAGGCGUAAAAUGAAACAAACAGAAGCAAGUCUUGUUUUUUUUUUUUUAAAUACCAGUAAUAACUUCUACAUCUCCGCUUGCCAUAAGUUUUUGAGAAAUGUUGUAUUACUGGUAGUGUGAACAAACCAUUUUGCCAUGAUCAACUCUAAUCUUAGAUGCUCAAUAUAGUAAAUAUGUGGUUUCCUUUAAUAUUUGGAGGUUUAGAAUAUUCUUGUAUUAACAUUACCCUUUUAGAUCUUUUUAUGUAUAUAUGAAGACAUUUGUACUCUGUUUUUAUUGAUAAAAAGGCAGCAGCAUAAAUUUGUUUAAUGUGAAUUUUAUUAUUCUCUAUUGUGCUAUUUAUUUUCAUAAUUUUAUGCAGUUUUAAUGCAUUUUUUGUUAUUUGAGUUUGUGAAUAACAUGCAUUUAUAAAUGAAAUUGUUUUAAUAUCUGUGAAUGUUACGUUCCAAAGGGAUGUUUUUUAAGAGAUAAUAUAAAGUUUUGGAGCCAUUUUUCAUAGAAAGCCCAAGUCAAGAUUCUUAAAAAAAUCUUACUAAACCAAGUUUGGCUUAACAUACAGAUAGGAAGGAAAUUUUUAGCAAUACAGUAAACAUUUACUUUUAUGUUGGUAUUUUAUUGUGUAUCUUAGUGUGUAUAUAGUUCUUUUCUUUAGAAUUGAUUUUUACUAUAUUUAUUUUAUUUCCUAUUUUUUUCUGUGUUAUUUUUUUAUGUCUGUACACCAGUACGAAAGCAUUUAAAUUUAGUUUGUUUAUAUCUGUAUAAGUGCAUUUAUAAAUCCAGUAGAACUGUAUAUAUGUAUGUGCUUAUAUACAUGUAGAUUCUAGUUAUGUUACAGUACAUACUUGUUUUGUAUUUGUGUUAGUGAUUGGUGAAAGGAAAAAUGUGCUUCGUAUUCAUAUCCUCUCUUAAAUAAAUACUGUUUUAUAUAAA